ACCAGCUUCUGUCUAAAGUCCAUUCACUGCACCUUCAGUUAAGCGCCAGCAGCUCUGGAGAAUGGGUGGUAAAAGGGCUGAAAGAUGGAGUGAAUGAGGGUGGCGAGACUGAUACGACAUGCACUUCGCAGACAGGUAAGAGAGAAGGAACGGGAUAACCUCUUCACUCAAGUCACGUGGUGCAUUCUGGGACCACGAGGCGUUUGGCAGAAGUUCCCAGUAGAGGCGAAUCAUAAGCUUGAGAGAGCGGAUGUAAAUGAUGGGAUUGUGGAUGCACAGAGUGUGAAAUGGACUGUGGAUUUGAGGAAAAUGGAGGCCACGGCAUGUGUUUCAGGACAGGUGACUGCUCUCAAACGCCUGGAGAACCUAUCAGAUUUCUCUUUGCCCAUCUACUGGGACAACAUGAGACAAAAUGAGCAUUUAAAAGUGGUUGCUUUGGAUCCGCAAUCAACAGAGUACCAGACAGUGAAGGCAGAUUUCAAGAAGACCGUCAAACAGACUGUGCUCAAGAUCGAGCGCAUCCAGAACAUCAAUCUUCGGCGGUUAUAUGAGGCACGUAAAUCAGAGCUGGAGAUCAAGAAUGAUCCAACUGUGGGAGCAGGAGAGAAAAUCCUUUAUCACGGCUCAGCACAGGCGUCCUGCUCAUCCAUCAUGAACACAAACUUCAACCGCAAUUUUGCUGGGCAAAAUGCCACCGUCUACGGUCAUGGGACGUACUUUGCAGUGAACGCCAGCUACUCUGCUAAUGUGACCUAUGCAGCUCCUGCAGCAGACGGGACUCAGCUGAUGUUUGUGGCUCGUGUGCUCACGGGUCAUUAUACUCAAGGUCUUGGGAACAUGAAGACGACCCCUGUCCGUGUUGCUUUAGGCCAGCUCUAUGACAGUGUGGUAGAUAACAUCCAGAAUCCCACAAUGUUUGUAGUUUUUCAUGACUGUCAGGCUUAUCCUGACUACCUCAUUACAUUCAAGUGAACUUAAACAACAAUCAGCCUUAGCUUGGAUGGUUUAUAAGUAAACUGCAUGGUUUAUAGGUAUAAAGUUACCCAUCAGAUUGACAUUGUGCCCCAACGUUGUGGAACGUUGCAUUUUGUUUGGAAAUGAAAAUCGGAUUGGCGUCAGAACCCAACGUCAGGCUGACGUCAAUGUCCAAUGUUGGACAGACGUUGCAUUUUGGUUACUUUCCAACGUAAUUAAAAAACAACAAAAUAUCAACGUCUAAUGAUGUUACAGCUUGACGUUGUGUGGACCAAUAUGAUGUCUAUCAGAUGUUGGAUUUUGGUUGCCAUACCUGACGAAUAAAUGUCAGUAUUUGACGUCAACAUGACGUUGGUUUAAGAUGUUGGCUCAACUCUGGAUUUUGGUUACUUUUCAACACAACGUAAAAUCUAUAAAGUCUCAACGUCAUUUCACACCUUUAUUGGAUGUCAAAAUUACGUUGUCAUUAGACGCUGGCGACCUAAAUCUAACCGAAUAUUAACGUCUAAUGACGUUGUGUGUCUCCUGGGUAAACACUUCAGUUU